AUGCAAACAGAAACUACAUCUUUACAUUAUGCAAGUAAACGUGAACGAUUAUUAACUGUUAUUAUAUAUUCGUUAAUGAGCAUUUCUUUUCUUUUGCAUUUUUGUGUAUUUUCUCAAAUUUUCUUUCGAAAUAUCACUGGCAGAUCAUAUGAAAUAGGACAAACAAAAAAUAAUUCUACCCAUAGUUCAACAUUAAUAAAUAGUAGUAAUACUGUUGAUGUUCUUGAUACUAUUCUGCUUCCGUUUUUUUGUGUGAUGGCUCAUUUCAUAUGGACGAUUGUUCCAAUAGUUGUUCUUGAUCGCUGUUAUGUAUCAAACACAAAAUUACUCUAUCGAAUGUUGUUUAAAUUAUUUGUUUGUACAUGCCCACAAUUACUUUGCAAUGAACUAAGUAUUGUUUUUGUUUCUCAUACACAAUUUUUUAACAAUGAUCCAUUACUAAUUUGUAUUAAAUGGUUAAUAUUUCUUGCAACAAUUCUCAUUAGUUUUUGGACCGGAAUACUUAGUAAUAAAAAUACAUGGCUUGGUAUUCAUGGAGGACAAAUAGCACCUAAACAACAUUAUCCAUCGUACCUAUUUGUUAAUUAA